UGCAAUGCAACCAAAUCAGAGAGAGCGAGCGGAAACAAACAAGAAACAGAACAAAAAGAUGGCACCCAGAUAAGAAUAUGGAGCCGAAGCAACCCAAUACACGCUCUACAGCACACCCAUCUCCUUCAAUCAAUACUGGUUUUUGUCUCAAUCUCAGCGACCAACUAUAGGAAGAACCAACAAAAAGAAGAACAAGAACGACCCUUCUUCCUAAAUUUCUCCAAAAUCCAACCCAUCAUUCUGUUAGUUGCAGCGAAUGGUUGAUCAACGGUGGCGCACUGUACUCAGCCGCCGUCUUUUACAGAUUCCGAAAUAGAAGAGCGGUGCGGUGGCGGUGGCGGGAGGUGGACCAUUUCAUCUCAAUCAAAGGUUUCAUGGUGGACCCACUUCAAUCAAAUUUGUAUAGACUGAGAUUUAUAAGGGUUUUCUCUUAAUCUAAGAUUUGGGUUUUGCACUCUUCCAUGUCCACUUGAGGGAAUUUGUUUUCUCUCUCUCUCGCUCGCUCUUAAUAGUGUAGCCAAAGUACGGCUUUCUGGGUCAUUCUUUUCCUCUACUUCUGGCCCCAGAAUUUGCAUUUUCAAUGCGUGUGGAUUGGUGUUCUUGGGCUGCUGCUUCGAGGAUCUCACUUUUCCCUCUCGUUUUUGUUUCUUCUCCGCUCGUUUAGCCGCCGAUUUUCCUCACGAUUCUCAUCUGGGUGCGCUUUUUGCUGGAUGUCAAUUGUCAAGCCCGUCGUUUUUCUCCAAGUAAUCUAAUCAAUCCCCUUUUAGUUCUACUGGGUUCGUCUUAUUAUAUCAUUUUGGAUUUAGCUCGAGGAAUUUAAACGUGAAGUAUUUCCCAGUAAAGAGGCAACAGUUUUCCACUUUCCGCCAUGCCUUUGUCCGAGCUUUAUCGAGUGGCCAGAGGGAAGCUUGAUUCGACUCAAGAUAAGAACAAUACGGUUUCUGCGGAUUUGUCUCUGAAUCCUGAGAAUGAUGUUUUUGAACUAGUGUGGGAUAAUGGCCAAAUUUCGCUGCAAGGUCAGUCCAGUAGGACAAGGAAGAACUCGAAUUCGAACACUUUACAGUCUCAGUGUUUACCGUCUCAUAGUCCCAGGGAUAGACAUAGAGAUACAGGACAUUUCAGCAAUGCAAGAAUGGGUAAGUUUGGUGCUAUUGAUUCUGUAGUAAGAGAUGUUAUAGGGACCGCACCUUCACCCGAUGUCGAAUUGACUCAUGACGACGACGAUGAUGAUAUGGUGCCUUGGCUGAACUAUCCUCUUGAUGGACAUCUGCAGCAUGAGUAUUCUUCUGAUUUCUUACCUGAAUUAUCUGGGGUCACUGUUAAUGACCUCCCCUCACGAAAUAGCGUUGCAUCUUCUAUAGGGAGAGGCAGUGGUGGUAAUCAGGUAAAUCGAGAUACACACGUCAAUUCUUUACGUGGUGCUAGUCUAGAAGAUGGCAACAUUUCCAAGCUUUCUUCGUUAGAUGCUUCGACUGAUAGACCUCAACGAAGUAGCACGAAUCAAUUACAUUCGUCGGCAUCGCAGCAAAGCCAGACAUCGAUCCCACAUCUCCGAACGAAAAGUGCAAGCGGCAGAGAAAAUACUACGGACAAGCUUGUUCAGGAUUCUCUUAUGGGCCAAUCUCCUCAGGUUCCAUUGGUUACAAGCAGUUCUUCAAGCACAAUGAGGCAAAAGCUAGAUCCAAAUCCUCCGAGUAAUUCAUCCAAUUUCAUCAAUUUUUCCCAUUUUCUGCGGCCUGCUGCUCUUCUCAAAUCUAAUCUUCAGAACCAUGGUGUGACUGGAACUGUGGGUUUGUCUAGUAUGCGCAGCAUGGAUAAGGACUGUUCAGCAGCUAGUAGUCAACCCCCUGAAGCAUCAUUAAUUGCGACACGAGGUAGUUUGAGAAAGGAAUCAAAUUCAUUCUGUAAAAAUGCUGUAGUACCUUCCAUAGAUGAUAAUAAUCCAUCAGAUGCCAAACCUCCCGAGCAAUUACAGGCUGUGAAACAACCUGAGGUUGCUUGUUUGGGAGACUCAUCCAAAAAUGAUGACCACCCCAAACAGUGUCUUGAAGUAGGUGCAACUACAGGAUUUCCAGAUGGUGAGAAGGCUGCUGAAUCUGUAAUUGCUGCUUCUGUUUGUUCACGCAAUAGUGUUGAGGGAGCUUCUGAUGAUCCGACACGUAAUAGGAAGAGAAAAUGUCAUGACACUGAGGAUUCUGAAUGGCAUAGUGAUGAUGUAGAAGAAGAAUGUAAUGAUGUGAAGAGAGCGAAUCCUGCUCGAGGGACUGGGUCCAAAAGAAGCAGGGCUGCGGAAGUGCAUAAUUUAUCAGAAAGACGACGUAGAGAUAGGAUCAAUGAGAAGAUGCGUGCUCUGCAAGAACUCAUACCAAACUGUAAUAAGGUGGACAAAGCUUCCAUGCUUGAUGAAGCCAUUGAGUACUUGAAAACGCUUCAACUUCAGGUUCAGAUUAUGUCAAUGGGAGCUGGUUUAUUCAUGCCUCCCAUGAUGUUCCCUGGAGGAAUGCAACCCAUGAAUGCACCACAUAUUUAUUCACCCAUGGGUGUAGGAAUGGGAAUGGGAUUUGGGAUAGGUAUACCUGACAUGAAUGGUGGUUCUCCUGGUUAUCCCAUCGUUCAAGUGCCUCACAUUCAAGGAACUCAUUUCCCAAGCCCAUCUAUACCAGGUCAAACUGUAAUGCAUGGAAUGGCAGGUUCUAACUUUCAGGUCCUUGGGAUUCCAAGUCAAGGACUUCCCAUGCCAAUGCCAAUGCCACGUGGACCGAUCCCUCCAUUUUCUGGAAGGCCUUUUAUGACUAGUUCCGGCAUGGCAGUGGCUCCUAUGGAGAAUACGGGUUCAGCUGCAGCUUGUAGCUCAAAAGAUGCAUCUCAGAACAUUAACUCACCUAUGCUGCCAAAUGGUGGCACCGAGACGUCAAUAACUCCAGCUCCUAGACAGGCUAAUGAACAGGCGUCCGGUGUUAACGACAGGGCUGUUAACCCCACCAGCAAAAGCGACGUUAUACCUAACUAAGUUGCCUGUGUGUGAACUUUUUGCAGUUUGGUUCUUCAUUUUACACAGUAACUAAGUUUGGUUCUUCAUUUCACACAGUAAAAUUGAUCAUAACUGGAUAAACCACAUUAGGGAUAUUGACUCUAUACCUUGAGGAGAAAAACCUUGCCAUGGCGUUGACACUUUGCUUCUGCUUGUUCAUAAUCUCUACUUGAUAUCAGCGAAUAUACAUGAAUGAGCAGGAGAUCCUGCUUUCGACUUGGAGAGGCGUUCGACUUGGAGAGGCGUUGAAGAUGAACCUUUGAGUUUUUUUAAGUCUAAUCAGGUCCUGAUGCUUGCAAAUUCGUAAUUUUUGCUACCAUUGGGAGGAGGAGAGACUGGGCCGCAUGAUCUUUCAAUAGAAUUUGGUUUGAUUGAUCAACUAUCCGUGCAGGCAUAAUGCAACUGCCUCGAGGCUGAAUAUGAUGGAACAUUUGUAAGUAGACAAGACUAAAUGAUGGCAAAUAAAUCUCUCCCAUUCUCCAUCUUCUUCAGAGGAGUUUUAUGUUGAACCAUUUUGUGGAUAUUGUAAGUAUUAAGGUAGGUGGUCAGGCUUAUAGUUCCCAAAAUUGUGUGCAACUGAAACAAAAUCUUGCAUGUAUGCUAUAAUUUCAUAAUCUUCCCCCCUCCUUUAGCUGGGUUGAAAUAUGUAGGUAGACUUGCAAAUUUAGCAAGGGAAUCAGCCUCGAGCAAUAAGCAAUAGGGUUAAA